CGUGGCGACGUUGGAUAGGAAGCUUCGACAGUGCUUUUCCAGCUCUCGAGGCCGAAUGAUCGGCUUUUAAGAACCCUAAACUCAUAACAUCUUAUUCUCCUUAUCAGAAAUUCUCUUUCUCCCUCUCUCGCUCUCUCUCUCUCUCUCUUUUUCUCUCUCUCUCUCUCUCUCUGUUUUAUUACCAAUCGAGUGAUACGAAUCGUUUGAUCGUUUUAACAUAGAUCACAUCGUUUGUAAUUACUUGAAAAAAAAAUAUAAUCACAAUUUUGAAACAAAUCAUAAACAAUAUAGUAUUAUAAAAAUAAAAAUAAAAAUAAAAAUAAAAUAAAAAAAAAAAGUGAAAAACAGGAGGAGAAUUCGAUCGGCAAGAAAAUCGGAUUGAAUUCUCAUAAUGAAGCUUAUCUUUAUUUCAUGCUGUGCCAUCGUUCUUCUUCUUGGAUAUCACGGUGCCAAUGCCAUAGAGUGUUACGUGUGUAACAGCAACGAUGACAGCAGAUGUGCGGAUGAAAAUCCACCUGACGCAUUGAAAAAAGAUUGCGGUAAUCUUAAGGAAGGUCCGAAAUUUACCAUGUGUCGAAAAAUCACUCAGGUCAUUGAGUUUAGCGUUAAUGGCCUGCCAGCGAAUACUCGAGUGAUACGUAGCUGUGGUUGGAUCGAAUCGAGUUACAAAGGAAAAUGUUAUCAAAGAAGCGGUUUUGGUGGACGACAAGAAGUUUGUUCGUGUUUGAAUGAUUAUUGCAACGGGGCGACGACAGGUGCCGAUCAACCACCGAAAACGUUUAUCCUAUCGUGUGCACUAGGUGUCAUCCUUCUUGCAAUUGCACGCAAUUAGAUUGAUCAAAUAUUACGAGUCCCUUCUUCAUCGAUAUGCCUCCGAUUCUUCUGAGUUUUUGUCAUCGCCAUCAACAACAACACCACUACCACCACCACUACCACCACUACCACUACUACCACGACCACUACUAUCAUCAACGAUGACACAAACGACGACGACGACGACGACGACCGCAUAAUAAGAAAAAAAAACAAAACGUCUAUCAACAACGUUUCUUGAUAAAAGAAAAAUUAUCAAAAUUACUAAAUUCAAUAAUUGAUAUUUACAAAAUUUCAUCAUCAAAGAUAUCAUCGAGGAGUAGGGGGGGAGGGGGGUGGAAGGAAAAAACAAAUUAAUGGUAAAGACGAUAAAAUGACCAUUUGUCCACCAUUCGUAUUAAAUGAAUUUAUAAAAAAAAAAAAAAACAAGUCAUAAUAAUAAUAAGAAUAAUUGUGCGGUCUUUCCAUUUCCGUCUAUUCGUCGAAGGGCCGUUUUAGUUCGUUUAGCGUAACGGGGUCCCAUCAAGCUAAUGAUA